AUGGCCGCCGAGGGAGACAAUGAAAAGGUCGCCAUGUCUGGGAACGGUUGGAGACCUGAGCCCGCCUCGUCGAUCCUUGCUGCGCAUUUUGCACCGCGUCUUGCCUCCCAAGGACACGAUGCUCAUCUCACAAGAGAGACUUUCUCACAGCUACGUCAGGAACUUCUCGGUGAAGCUCACAAUCAAUUACGUGUGGACGAAGAUGUCACGGAUGUCAACAAACUCAUAUGCAUUGUAUUGAAGGCUGGGCUCGAUAUCAGCCCCAAAAGCAACUCUCAGGAGCAAAAUUUAGAAGGGCAAGUACUCGACUGCUUGGACAUCAUUCAAGCAAGCAUUGAGAAAUCCCCCCAAGCUCUGUGGGAAACAUCUGACCCACUCAUCUGGGGUGAGGAUAUACAUGCGCCUCUGUUUUCAUGGCUGAUUCUACGCCUGAUUCGACUUGCCAACAUCUGGACAUCCGAGAUUGUACGUGACAGGAUUCAACUUAUAUGGUCUAGUUUAGUAUACUGUGGCCAAAGACAGGCCCGGUCAUUGCCAGCAAGCUAUGCGGUUGCUGCGUUUCUGCGUGCUUGCACUUCAGAUAUCUUGCUCUCCCUUGAAAAGUGUCAAUUCAAUGAUCCCUGGUCGUCACGCCACGAAAAUUUGACGAUACCCGCAGAAGGGGGAACCCUCAUUGAAGACAUCGAAAAUCUAGGUCUCUCCCCUAGUUUGUGCAGUAACCGUACACUCCUUGGGAAUUUUUAUCAAUCGUUUUCACUAGCCUGCCGAUUGCUAGAUUCGUUCAGCCCGAAUAAUGAUGUGGUGUCUCGUGCAAAGCACCAUGAGUUCAACCUUUCGUGGACGCUGAACGGGUAUCAUCGUCUGCGAAAGGUCAUUCUUGAGUGGCUGCACCUCUUUAGGGCAAAAUUAACUCCAGAAGAUGAGUCUUUAUCUUUACAAUACCUGACUUGCUUGCAGCGAUGCUGGGUCUCGGGAUCCCAUACCUCAAGUCUACUUUCAAACACAAGCUUGGUUUCUACAUGGUGUCAAUUCCUACGUGGAAUAUUGGGUCUAGAUGUUCUAUCUCAACUGAAUUCUGUUCAAGCCCUUCUCAGUUGCUUCCUAGAUGAUCUUUCACGGGCAGCAGCCAACUCGAGAUCACUGGUCCAACAGUUGAGAGAAGCUCUACCAGCUUUGGGAGAUGUUGAAUCAGUGCAUUUAAACGAUCAGCUCUCUGAAUCACAUCUGUGGAGUUCCUUCCAAACAUUACAUGCCAAGUUAAAAACACCCCCCAGACCUGGUGCUUUACCCCAAGAUGAGCCAAAUGAAAAUGCUCGGGCACCGAAGCGGUUAUGUCUUCCCGGACUAUCUACAGAACCCAACAGCCAUGACUUGCUCCAAGUGCUUGGGGGAGAAUUGUCCUCUGUUCUUCACUUUGACUGCGGCAAGUCAAUAUCUGAGCUGCUUGCUGUCAUCCAAAAAUCGCACAAUGAAACUUCCGAUCCUCAGAAAAUUGUAAUGCUGGACAUUCUUGGGAAACUCGCAUGUGCAGUAACAAGAAAGUUUCAGAACAAGCCUUCUGAUAUCAUAGAACGAAACAUCCUCUUUUGCCAAACAUGCGAUAUUGAAACAGGUCCGCACAAUGACGCCGACACAACAGAGUGUCCUGAUUACGGUGAAAUUUGGACAUUAUUUAAUUCCAUUCUACCCAGGCUAACCCGCACGCCUGGUCCUCGGAUUUCUGCAAUGGUUGCUUUGAGACGAAUUUUAAUGCAUGCUCCCAACUCCAAUCAGAUGCAUCUUUCAACUUCCGCUUCUGGUGAGUUCUGUCUGCAUUCACUUCGCAGUUCUAUCAGGGAAUUACGCAUUGCGGCUGGACAUACUGUGGUGGCAUUUGUACGUCCAGGUCUUCCAACAGACGUUCGUCGAGCCAAUUUUGUCGCUGUGCUUGAAUGGAUCAAGAAUCUCUCGGGGAAAGACGACAUGCCAGUGCAAGAAGCCUGUAUCAUGACACUUUGUCGGUUAGCCACCGUCUCAGAGGAUGAAGAAAAGAACAUCAUUCUUUUGCGUCUACUGGAGUAUCUCGCGCAUACAAAUCCCUAUGUUUGCGCUGUGGCCUAUAAUGAGCUAUCUAAACUUGCACAGUACUUUUCUCUGACACCUGCUGGCCUAUUUAGGCCGUACUGGAGAACCCUCUCAGUGACAGUUGUCAAAAACCUUCAAUCUCGCCCACAUAUGGCUGAACAGUUAUGUGACUUACUUGGCAUGAAAGUGGAUGGCUUCCUUCGGCUGACGGAAGUCCAUGUCUUGCCUUACUUGGUUCUGACUCGAAAAAGAGACAUCAUUUGCAGAAUUGGGGCUAGCCGCAAUGAAGGCGAAUCUGCCUUUGAUGUCUGCUCGGAGAAAAACAAUCUAGCUGCAAUUCUUGCUUUCCUCUUAUCACAGCAAUCAGACAACCCAGAGGCCAUGAUCAUGUCCCUUUUGGCAGAGAUAGAUCCCGCUUUCAAGGGCCGGACAUUGGCAGAGUUGGUUAGAAUCGAACCAAUUCUUAUCACCUGUGAUCUGCUGAAAAGUCUCGGUGAUGCGGGCGAGCAAAAAAAGGAUAGGUUUUAUCAGGCUCUUCAACGCCUGGCUACAUUCGUUCCACGAAAGAUCUCACAUGGAACCACGUCAAGAAAGACAGACCUGAGUCACUUCAUUGAGGAGCAUGUUCUCGGUAUUAUCACCCAAUUCGCAAAUGCCAUCAACGACUUCCAGGUGAGACAAACUUUGGCAGAGAAGAGACGAAAUAUCAAAGCUAUCGAAGAGAUGAUCAAAAUUGCCCAGGGUCACGUUAGCAGUGCUUUGCCUCAGGUCUGCGCCUGUCUUCGUUCCGCUCUUGAGAUCGAGGAAUUAUGCGACUGUGCAUUCUCUGCAUGGAAGACUUUGGUCAGCUCACUUACUGAAGAGGACCUUGAGCCCAUAAUUGACCAAACACUGGCAAUUGUGAUUAGAUACUGGGACAAUUUGACCGAAGAGAGCAGAAAUCGUGCCUGUCAGCUCAUUGAUCACAUAUUGACAAACCAUCAGAGUCUUGUGAGAGAUACAUUCAACACAAUGCCUUCACUCGCCUCUAUUCCAGAGCUAGCCCCCUUCGAUGCCAAGAUAAAUGAUCUCAGGGCUCAAAUGGAUGUGCGUAGCCAGUUUGUGGCGCUUAUACGUCGCUGCCAAAGCGAGAAUGCUACCGUCGUCGAACAGGUAUUGAUGGAAUUAGCACCUUUUCUGGCCGCAAACGAGGAAUUCCUCCACGACUCUGUUCUCAGUGAACAACCAGAUCCUGUGAUUGCCCAUAUGACAAGGUCGCUCUUGGAUUGUUGCGUGAAGUUCAACACUACCUCAGACAGCAUCACAUUGCUGUCAGCGCAAUGCUUGGGCCUUGUUGGCUGCCUUGAUCCUAAUCGAGUAGAGACAAUAAAAGAGAAAAAGGACAUACUUGUUUUGUCUAACUUCGACAGAAUGGAGGAAACUGUCGCCUUUAUUCUUUUCUUUCUCCAAAACGUACUGGUGGAGGCAUUCUUGUCUGCUUCCAAUACCAGAGCUCAAGGGUUUCUAGCAUGGGCCAUGCAGGGUCUUCUCAAAUUCUGCAAACUCAACUCGGUACUUAACCAGCGGUCUCGCGACCUCCAAGGCGACGAAAAGCAUCAGCGCUGGAUGGAGCUUCCAGAAAGUGUUCGGAACACUCUCACGCCAUUUCUCACAUCGACGUACACGGUCACCGUUGUCACCAAUCAUGCCGAAAUCAGAUAUCCCCUGUUUUCUCCCAAGUUGACUCAUAGCGAGUGGCUUCGAGCGUUCGUGCAAGACCUUCUACAAACAGGCAAUGGAGAUAAUGCAAAGAUGGUCUUCUCCAUUUCCAGUCGUGUGGUGAAAGGUCAAGAUAUCUCUAUAUCUUCGUUUCUUCUACCCUUCGCGGUUCUGAACCGUGUCGUGGGAGGAACUGAGCAGGAGAAACAGGAUCUUCAAUGCGAGUUGAUGAGAGUCCUUUCUCAUCCUGUUCCUGAGACAAACAACAAUGCCCGUGAGACCAUCAUUAGCAGUAGCCAAAGUGUUUUUGAAGUGCUCGAUUACCUGUCUAGAUGGUUACAAGGAAAGAAGAAGCACCUCAACGGCUUGGCACAAGGAUCCAACCAUUCGAGUCGUUCCCAUAAAGAUUUAAGUCGCGACGCGCUCAUCGACAAAUAUUCGUCACAGAUCAAGUCUGUUGAAACACUUCUAUCUUCCAUACCUCCCGAGAUCAUCUCCAAGCGUGCUGUUGAAUGUAAAUCAUUCUCCAAAGCACUCUUUCAUUGGGAGCAGUACAUUCGAAAAACCAAAUUGCGUGAAGGAGAGCAAGAUCGCGGUACCCUUGAGCCUCUGUAUCAACGAUUACAAGACAUUUACAGCCAGAUCGAUGAGCCGGAUGGUAUUGAGGGCAUCUCAAGCCACUUGUCCGCCUUGAAUAUUGACCAGCAAGUCCUUGAACAUAGGAAAGCAGGGAGAUGGGCCACAGCACAGAGUUGGUAUGAACUGCAGCUUGAAAAAGAGCCUAACAAUGUUGAUGCUCAAUGGAAUCUCGUGACCUGCCUCAAAGAAUCCGGUCAACAAGAUGCCAUCCUGACUCGCUUCGAGGUUCUGAAAGAAAGUGAAUCAGCGGCUUCACGAUUCCUUCCGUUCGCAGUUGAAGCAACGUGGAUCAUGGGCAGAUGGGAUAAGCUAGAAGGAUAUCUUGGACUGUGUACCGAACAGGGCACUGAGGAGUUCAAUGUUGGCAUCGGAUCGGCUCUUGAUGCUCUUCGUCAAAAGAAAACAAGUUCAUUCACAGACAAGAUCAACGAGCUUAGGCUCAAUGUUGCUCGAUCGCUGACCACCAAUUCAGUGGCGUCACUACAGUCAUGCCAUGAUGACAUGCUUCGAUUGCAUGCAUUAUCAGAGGUAGAAUCUAUUGCUAGAGUAGGAUCUGGUCGCUCACAUUCCGGCUUGCUUGAUACACUGGACAGACGGCUGGAUGUGUUGGGUGGUUACCUAUCUGACAAGCAAUAUCUUUUGGGACUGAGACGUGCCACCAUGGAGCUAGCUGGUGAAUUUGCCGAUUCUGACAUCUCUGCUGCGUGGCUGACUAGUGCACGUCUCUCACGCAAGGGAAAUUUCAGCAGUCAAGCGUAUCAUUCGAUGCUAAAUGCUGCACGGUUGAAAGACAGAUCUGCUGCUAUUGAACAUGCGCGACUGCUCUGGAAAGAUGGACAUCAUCGAAAGGCCAUUCAGACCCUGGAGGGUGCAAUAUCUAACAAUGAAGCCACCCAGACCACAUCCUCUUCUAGUGACGUUGAAGUCAUGUCAUUCCUUUCGGGCCGCGGACAGCAUCAAAAUGAAUCUACUGCCCUCGCUCAUCUCAUGCUGGCUAAAUGGACAGACAGAGCUGGUCAGACCCAUUCUCAGGCCAUUGUUCAGAGAUACCGAGAAGCUAUCAAGCUAUACCCAAAGUGGGAAAGGGCGCAUUAUUAUUUGGGAAAGCACUACAACAAGAUCCUGGAGUCUGAGAAAGUCAAACCCAUGGGAAAGGAGGCCCAGAUAUAUCUAAGUGGAGAAGCAACAAAGCUUGUCAUCGACAAUUAUCUCCGCUCAUUGACAUACGGGACCAAAUAUGUUUUUCAAACAUUGCCUAAGCUCCUUACGCUCUGGCUUGAACAUGCCUUUAUUGUUGAACAGCCACUCGAUCCCAAAAGGGGCGACAACGAAGAUUUCCAGCGACACACAAAAGCCCAAAGACAAAAGAGUCUGGAUGAGAUGCAUGCACAGCUAAAGAAAUACAUCGAGAAACGACUACAAGCAGCUCUGUUGUUCACAAUCCUUCCCCAGGUUGUUGCUCGGAUCUGUCACCCCAAUAGCACAGUCUACGAUCUUUUGACGCGGAUUGUUGCCAAAGCGGUUCACAAUUUCCCACAGCAGGGUCUCUGGACUGUUCUUGCCGUCGUCAAAUCUUCCAAUAAGGAGCGAGCUACUAAGGGCUUCACCUGCCUGCAGAAGAUUAUGGAUUAUGGAAACAAGUCCAAGGGAGAGUCAUCCUCGGCGUCGGAAAUUCGCCGCAUGAUAAAUCAAGGACAGAAGUUUUCCGAAGAACUACUCCAGCUUUGUCUUGCCAGAGUUGAGAACAAGGUGACCAAGGUUCAAUUAGGUCGCAAUCUAGGAUUCAAUCACAAGGUUGCACCCUGUCGGCUGGGCUUUCCCCGGGAUCCAACAACCAUCGAGGCCGUUCUCGAUGACGCCCAAAUCUUGAAUUCGCUCCAAAAGCCACGCAAGAUUAGCAUACGAGGCUCUGAUGGGAAGAUCUACAAUGCGCUGUGCAAACCUAAAGAUGAUUUGCGCAAGGACCAACGUCUCAUGGAAUUCAAUAACAUGAUCAACAGGUUUCUCAAGAGAGACGUCGAAUCAAGCAAGCGACGCAUGUAUAUCAAAACGUACGCCGUGACGCCUUUGAACGAGGAAUGUGGUCUCAUCGAGUGGGUUGACAACCUCCGUACACUGAGGGAGAUUAUCAUGAAAGGGCUACGCGAAAGAGGAAUCACACCAAACUACAAUGAGAUCAGGCACUAUUUGGAAGACAUCUGCGCCGAUCAAUCCUUCUCAAAGUUGCCAUUGUUUACAACCAAGAUCUUGGCCAAGCUUCCCCCAGUUCUCCAUGAGUGGUUCAUCGAGAUGUUCCCCGAGACGGAAGCAUGGUUCACAGCCAGACUGCGGUAUACACGAUCUUCUGCCGUUAUGUCCAUGGUGGGAUAUGUCCUCGGUCUGGGCGAUCGACAUGGGGAGAAUCUCUCAUUCGAAGAAGGUACAGGUGGUCUGCUGCAUGUCGAUUUCAACUGUCUGUUUGACAAAGGUCAAACUUUCGAAAAGCCCGAGGUGGUACCAUUCCGACUGACCCAUAACAUGGUGGAUGCGUUUGGCGCUUAUGGAUACAAUGGUGGGUUUGGGUGGAAGCUCGAUGCUGGUUCUAUGCUAAUCCUAGAGGUAAUAGGCCCCUUCAGGCGAACCUGUGAAAUCACUCUCAGUCUUUUACGACAGAACGAGGACGCUUUGAUGACUGUUCUCGAGACCUUUUUGCACGAUCCAACAACAGAUUUCAUUGGCAAGAGACGCCGCACCCAUGUCAAUGUUCCCGAUACACCAGCUGGUGUUUUGGAGGACGUGCGGAACAAACUUCGCGGCUACAUGUCUAAACAGCCUAUUGCCCUUUCCGUGGAUGGUCAAGUGGACGAGUUGAUUAUGCAGGCAACAGACCAGAAGAAGCUGGCGUCGAUGUAUAUCGGAUGGUGUUCGUUCUUCUGA